AGAAAGUGUGAUCACGUGUGCAGCAGCUGUAAGAAUGGAGCAGGAGCGUGUUUUGAAUCGUUUACAACAGUUUCUUAGGGAAAAGGCUCCUCUAGUGGGGUCACCGCUCGUGUUGCCUGCAGCUGGUGUGAGUGAGCGACGUACAGAGGCAUACUUUCGGGAUCCACAGCAAGCUGAACAGCUUAUGUUGCAUGGGACAACGUUUCCCGUUGAGGUCUUUCUGGAUGUUCCAACUUCUGUGAGGAAGAGGAGGUUUCUAAAUGAUUUAAAAGCAGGAACAGUACUGGUUGGAAAAGUUCUUUACAAUAGACAAGAAGUUGGUUUGGUUAUUUGGUUAUUGGAAAAUGUGACUGGUCAAAGUCGGUUUAUCAAGGAUCUGGAGAUUCAAGCUACUUGUUCAACUAGUGAGUUUGAGAAUGUGUCUGAUCAUAAUGAGAAGAUCAAUGAGUUCAGAGCAGGAGAUGUAGUUAGAGUUGUGGUGGUGGCUGUUGACUCAUUGCAGGAACAACUGAGUGUUUCAUUUCGAAGGUUUCGACUGCCUAGAGAGAGCAAAUGUCUCAAAUUGGGUUUGGUAAGUGAAGAGAAUGCUGAGCUGAUCCUGAAACGAAGUGAAGCAGACGUUGAUGUUUCAAGCGGUUUUUCUCAUCAGUUGAAACACACAGCAGGAUUUUCUAAUCCACAUUGUAUUGACAACCUUCUUCAUGAUCUUGGCAGUUCUUCAAAGUUUACUUCACUUUUGAGUUCUAUUCAAAGCAUUCAGUGUGGACCUAAUGAUUAUAUGGACGAGUUAAGAAAACAGCAGAGCCAUGCAUGGGCCAUGGAAACUGUGGCUAGUGGUGUUGGUUAUCUGAAGUCAGGAAACACGGAUAAAGCAGAGAAGCACUUUGAUCAUGCUUUGCAGAUUGAACCUCAUAAUGUGGAGGCUUACGUGGCACGGGGAGCAUUGUAUGCUAAUGAAAAUCGGUAUGAGCUAGCUAUGAAGGACUUCCAAGAAGCACUCAAGCAGAAUCCUAAACACAAGAAUGCAAGAAAGUAUUUGGCUGAAACUCUAGCUGCUCAGGGCAACAGCCGUUUCAAUAAGGGUGAUCUGGAGGGAGCAAUGAAAACUUACCAAGCCGCUCUGAAAGUCAACCCAAGUUUUGAGUCGGCACAGUGUCAACUGGAGACUAUUCAGAACAAAUUGGAGCUGCAGGCUUUAAGGGCUGCUGCUGCUAAAGCUAAGGAAAAGGAAGAAUCCAAGCGUGCCUCUUCGUUAUACAAACUCAGACAACUAAUUAGUGACGAAGAGAUUGCGAGAACAAGUAAUAAGCCACGUCGGAAAGAGAAGAAGAAGAAAGCAAAAGAUAAGAAAAAGAAGCACAGAAGGCAUAAAAAGUCCCGGCAUUCGGAGAAAUUACGUUUGUCAUUUACAUCCAACGAAUCUCCUCGCCAUGAUCGAUCUGAUAGCGACAGCGUUACUUCCUUGCCAAGAGAAGGUAGGCGCAGUAGGCGGGUGAGGUCUUGGACCUACAGUGACGAGUUUUCCGUCAUUUCAACGCGGACCGGCGAUCAGUGUGAAUCUGGAAAUGAAAUGACGUCAACAUCCAGUCCGCGGAUGCGAAUUGGACAAGUAUCGGGUUCGAUGCGGCAAGUAGAUAGUCCAAAGCGAAGAGAGUCGAUUCAUCGUUUACGUUCUCGUAGUGGGAGUUCUCGAACGGACUUAUCUAAAGAUGACCAACUUCAUCAAUUAGAGAGAACCAGUAGAAAUCUGCAGUCGCCAAGAAGAAAAGAUCGGUAUUCUCCACCUUCACGCGAGGCAAAGCGUUCUGUUUCUUCAUCAGUAUCACGUAGUUCUAGUUCCAGCACGUCGUUCACUCACUCUGUUCGACGAGACAGAGACAACAGUAGGCGGUCUAACAGCAAGUCUCCACUGGUAUCUCUUAGUCCGUGUAGGCCGAGACCAGUACCAGGAAGUAGUUCUUUCCGGAAAAAGGAAACAACAAUGAGAUCGCUUUCACGGAGUCCGGCACGCCAGCCAGUUCGAGCAGCGGAUCGUCAGUACAUUGAUCCCCAACCUGGUGACCGAACAUAUUUCAGGCAGCCGUUCUGGCGGUCACGCAGUGGUAGCCGUGACAGGCGUAGACGAAGAACAAGCGGGGACAAAGACCAUUAGCAUAUCUAGCGAUGAGCCUUUAAAAUGCAAACAUGCAUUUCAGAAUCAUUGCUUAGCUAAAUAGAUUACAUGGUUGUUUGAUAUUAAUUAUUUGAAAAGGUAGCUAAUUUGUAUCCAGA